AUGAAGCAGACACAACCACCCUCGACCACGUCGACUGCCCUUCCAGGACUAGCAGCACCGCCACCUUCAAGCCAGCCGACUCAUCCAGCACCAUCAACAUCACAGACUGAGCUGAAGGACCUAUUUACACUUUUGACGACCAUCGCGGCGUCACUGGCAGAGGUCACCAAGACGCUGGCCCAACUGCCAGCCACCAUCACCGCCACUGUUGAAGUGUCGGCUGAUCCCGGCCCCGGGCGACGGCCGUCCGUCGGCGCAGCCAUCCAUCAGGGGGCCCGCUGGGGGCCGCCGCCCCCGCCGCCCCCGCCUGUCUAUCAAUCACAGAUAAUUCCUGCGACCCGGCCCUGCCCGUCCGGACCGGCGCACCCGUGUUUGCCAGCAGAAUUAUUUAUUUGA